UUAUCCGAGAUGAAAUGUUUCCAACCAAUCACACCUCAACAUGUAAAAUGUGUCUGUUUCUUUUUUUUUAUUAUUAUAACCUUAAGUUUCCGAUUUGGGAGACGGGCGCUUCACAUAUGUAAAUGGGAUGGGGGUGUAGUCGUGUCACCUCAUCUCUCUCAUCCAUUCCUGAUGCUCCAGUGAUACAGACUGAACUCAAACACUUGACUUCACAGAUCCGUCGGGAGAUUCUCUUCAGGUCCAAAACUCAUCAGCGACCUUACGUGUACAAGACUAAUGGACUGAUGAGCAUCUGUGAUCUAUCUGUGAGCCUGGAUCACAUGUGCUGUCCCAUCUGACGGAUCUUCAUUCAUAAUUUCCCAGAUUCUUCAUUUUCCACAAUAAAUCUGUUUGGAAAAUGUCAAAGGGACUUUCGGGAUUCUCUGUCCGUGAUAUUUUAAACCUCCCGGACACGAAAGACGAAGGAUCAGUGACUGAAGACACUGAAGAUGAGGCAGAUGAAGAACUUGAGAAUAAAUCUGAAGACAAGCAGGAGACAUCCAUCAGAAACACGCGCUGGCUCCAACCUCAAUGUGGCCAUCAAUAUUCCUCAUCUCCAGAGGGUUUAAAGGCAGAAGUGUCAACAGAUGAAUCUCAUGAUGGGCCAGAAAGUUCGCAUAGCUGCAAUGAGAAAAGACGCAAACGAAGAAUUUUGUUCUCAAAAGCUCAAACUUUUGAAUUGGAGAGACGCUUUAGACAACAGCGAUAUUUAUCAGUUCCAGAGAGAGAAAAGCUCGCUAAAGUGUUAAGAUUAACUCCGACACAAGUGAAGAUAUGGUUCCAGAACCAUCGGUAUAAAGUGAAAAGGGCCCGGUCGGAGACAGACGCGAGAUGUCUGAUGUUCUCCACACCCUGCGUUCUGCUGAGAGACGACAAGCCGACUCAUCUUCCCUAUUCGCCGGACAUCUCAGCUCCAGCAAGUUCAUCAUUUUCGUCUUUUAACAUCAAACAAUUUCCUCAGAUACACCACAGUAAUAAUAUACGCGCCAAUAUCAUGACGCAUCUGACAGCUGUCAAUCAUCUGUCGCACCUCCAGCCGUGGUCGUGAAGAAUUUUACAAAACUUUGGAAUUCGGUUCUCUUUUUGCCUCGUUUAUUGUGUCACUAGAAAUAUCUGUAACGUUUUAAAUGUGAAGAGGAUAUUCACUCCCCAUAAGAAAAUUAACCAUGUGUUUUUUUUUUUUUUUUUGUAAAAGUGCAGUAACCAUGAUGGGGGUUUUUGUGUAUUGAUUGCUAUUAGCAAAAUCAUGGCUUUACUAAUGUAACCAUGUUUUUAGCUGUAGUAAAACCAUGGCUAAUUUUCGUAAACUGUGGAUUUAUUUAUGCCCACCAAAACUGUGUUUUGUUUAAAAUUUUAAUG